GUGCGCUCGUGUUUCUUCGGCUGCAGUCGGGUGGUGAGUUCCAGUCGCUCCACACGCUCGUCGGCGCUGAGAUUGUUUACAUCCAGUCAGUCAAGGCAAACGGCAAAAGUGCUGUGAAGAUGGACACUGCCGACCAGCUCGCCUCCGUCGGAACAUUCCAAGUGCUGAAACUGCCUCUGGGAUUCAUCCGUGUGUUGGAGUGGCUCUUUGCCAUCUUUGCGUUCGCGACAUGUGGCGGCUACUCUGGGCAGCUGCGGGUCAGCGUGGACUGCAUGGAGAAGGCCAGCAGCAACCUCAGCCUCGGCAUCGACUUUGCUUACCCCUUCAGGUUGUACCAGGUGUCGUUCGAAGCGCCGGCGUGUGAGGGCAUGAGGAGGGAGCGCUUCUUCCUCGACGGCGACUACUCGUCCUCGGCAGAGUUCUUUGUCACCAUCGCCGUGUUUGCCUUCUUGUACUCCCUCGUGGCCACUGUCGUCUACAUCUUCUUCCUGAACAAGUAUCGUGAGAACAGUCGAGGACCGCUCAUCGACUUUGUGGUGACGGUGGUGUUCUCCUUCAUGUGGCUGGUCAGCUCGUCUGCUUGGGCCAAAGCUUUGUCUGAUGUGAAGACAGCCACAGAUCCAGAGGAGGUGCAGCUUCUCAUCUCCGCCUGUAAAGACCAGACCAACCGGUGUUCCUCGGUCCAGGACCCGCGCUGGUCCGGACUCAACACCUCAGUGGCGUUCGGCUUUCUCAACUUCGUCUUGUGGGCUGGCAACAUCUGGUUUGUCUUCAAGGAGACGGGGUGGCACAAGGGGGGCUCCAGGUUCGCCGGAGGGGCGAGUGAGAAGCAGGCCGGCACGUUCAACCAGCAACCGUACAACCAGGGCAGCUUGGACCAGCAGGGGGGCUUCAGCAACCAGCCGUCCGAGUACAGCCAGGUCGGGGGUCCCACCUCCUACUCCAAUCAGAUGUAGUGGAGCCGUUUGGGGUUCAACGCAAAGGCGGUCAGAAACAGACACAAGUGACGUGCAAAUGAAGCGUCUGAAUCAACGACUUUGUUUGGCCGCUAGAUGGGGCGCUUUGAUUUGUUAUCAGCCAGUCGUUUGAAAUUGUACCAAGUGCGCCAUCUACCGGCUAGAACUGCUUCUGCACAUCACUUGUGAAAAUGAUCAAAUUUAAGGUCUAAAUUAAACAUGAAGGCUUCAUGAAAAUGUCAUUGUUUUGUGGUGAUAAACGUGCUGUUACAUUUCAGCUGCUGUCAUCCGUGAAGCGGUGUGACAAAGGUUGUUUUCCAGUUGAACCUCUUGAGACCCCAGCUUUUCUGAGUUGUGUUUUUUGGGUCCAUCAGGUCGUCACAGAAAAGAAGGACCUGAAAUGUGUGCUCACAAAAGUUUGUCUUUGUACAGAAAGAGUUUUUGAAAAACGUAGUGAAUAUUACUCUGAUUAUCUUCUACUGAUGAUGAAAAUGUGUCAAAUUUGGAUGAAUUGCUCUUUUGUGGACCAGUGUCUUCCUCAAAAUUUGGAUCAAAUGCUUAUGGUUAGAUCUGUUUUGCCUUCUUGUUGUCUCUGAUCGGGUGUAGUAUUGCAAUAUCACCACAAGAUGCAGGAAGUGUCUCCUGCCUCCAUCGAUGAAUCGGCACUGAAAGGGGGAAGUGUGGUGCGCACGUGUGUGGGACACAGGAGGUCAUGGUUUUGUGUCACGUGAUUUGCCGCAUUAAAAGUUGAAAAGAUAAGUGAAACAAAUUAUGGCUUGAUGUCUGGGGGUCCGAAAUUGGGUGCGUUUUGUGGCCAAACUGAUCUCAUCAUUGAGUUCUGUGGCAUUUUGUGUUUUGGCUGGUGAAGUAAAAACAAAAACAAAAUCAAGUCAAAGAAUCAGAGUGUGUGUUACCAUCCGAACAUCACUGCAGCUUUUAUCACUUCAAAACAAGUCAAUUUCUUCCUUCUUUCUUUAGAACUGAUUGAAAGGGAUUUGAGAGAAAAUAUUUCAACAAUUGUGUGUUUGUUCAUGUACAAAACUGCCAUGUAAAGUGUUUAUUUAUUCUCUUUUUGGGUUGUUGAAUGCUGAAUGUUGUAUUUUGUGCCGUUGGAAAGAUGUUUGUGAUGGUUGUAUUGAUGCUUGUGUGUGACAGUCUUUUUUCUACCUGGAACAAGUGUGUCCAGGCAGUAAUGACAAAUGCAUGAUCCAUGUUUACAGUUACUCCAACAGCUGGUUCCACUGAACCUUGUGUUGAUGUGGAGCUUCCCUGAACCCUUCAGGUGCACGCCUUUCUACUCUGUACUGUCUGCAGAAUUGAGCUUAUAUGAGACCUGCAGCAGGUUUGUAAAUAUACAUGCAGAAAACCAGUCCGUCGGUGAAUCAGACACCAAUGAAACAAACCACAGUGACGCUCCCAGGUCAGGUUCGGUUGUUUUCAAGGCUGGCUUUGGUGCUGCUCGUGAAGACGGUCGCCCCUCAAGCAUGCGUUGAAACUGAUUUAACUGUGUGUGUGAUCAUGUUUAUCGGUCUAUACUUGUUUCAUUCACAUGAUGUUUUCAAGUCAAUAAACAA